CUCGCCUUGCUGCCCGGAGCCUCCCGAUGGGCCUGUGGCCGGGAGCGCAGGGCGGGCAUGGAGCGGAGAAGCCGGGGCCUCCUGCUGCUGGCGCUGACGGCGGUGGGGCUGGUGCUGCGUGCGGCGAGGGCGCAGUACGAGAAGUACAGCUUCCGCGGCUUCCCCGAAGCGGAGCUGAUGCCGCUGCAGAGCGCCUACUCCUACGCCCUGGAGCAGUACGAAGGCGAGAACUGGAAGGAGAGCGCCCGCUACCUGGAGGCCAGCCUCCGCCUCCACCGCCUGCUCCGCGACAGCGAGGCCCACUGCCACAAGGAAUGCGCCCCCGCCCGAGUAGCAGAAGGGGAAGGAGCAGGAGAAGGCGCAGCCGGGUCGGAGGAGGAGGAGGAGGAGGCCGGCGCUGAGCUGGACGCCGAGUGGCUGCGGGAGAUGGAGCUCUUCGGGCGGCUCCUCCGGCGCGCCUCCUGCCUCCGCGCCUGCAAGCGGGGCCUGCCCGCCUUCCAGCUCAGCUCCCCGCCGCCGGAGACCCUGAAGGACUUUCAGCGCCGAGCCCCCUACCAGUACCUCCACUACGCGCUCUUCAAGGCAAAUAAAAUUGAAAAAGCCGUAUCGGCUGCUCACACAUUCCUGCAGAAGAAUCCGAAGCAUGAGAUGACCCAAAAGUACCUGAAUUAUUACAAGACCAUGGUGGAUGUGGACGAGUACCUUAUAGACUUGGAAGCACAACCCUAUGAGACAGUUUUUGUCAGAUCAGUGAAACUUUAUAACAGUGGCGAUUUCCGCAGCAGCAUUGCCGACAUGGAGCAUGCACUCUCCGAAUACUACAAGGCCUAUGAGAAUUGCCUGGCUGGCUGCGAAGGCAGCUACGAACUCCGUGAAUUUAAGGACUUCUAUCCAGCCAUUGCAGAUCAUUUUGUUGAGGUCCUGCAGUGCAAAGUGGAUUGCGAGGCCGAUCUGAUACCAAAUGUAGGCGGCUACUUUGUGGAGAAGUUUGUGGCCACCAUGUAUCAUUACCUUCAAUUUGCAUAUUACAAAUUGAACGAUAUCAAAAACGCAGUGCGAAGUGUAGCCAGCUACAUGCUUUUUGACCCUGGGGAUGAGGUCAUGCAACAGAACCUGGUCUAUUACCGCUUCUACCGUGAGCGUUGGCAUUUGGAAGAAGAUGACUUCAACCCACGGCCGGAAGCUUUGCGCUACCACAAUCAGACAUCUGCACAGAAGAAGCUCUUGGAAUUUGCCAAGCAGUAUCUGCAACCAGAUGAUGAGGGAGAAGUGGAGGAUGGCACAGAGACAACUAACGUAUCCUUGCCAACAGAUGCUGAAUUUGAGGGUAUUGGUGACUAUGAAGAAGGGUUCUUAUCUGACUGGUGGCAGGAGCCAAAAUUAAAAGGCGACAAAGCUGACCAAGAGAGGCUCGAGUGAAGGGGUACGAUCCCCACAAUCAUCUCCGGACGAGAGGGCAUCUUAAUUCUUUGCACCCACAAAGAUUGAAGCAAGCUGGAACUGGCAGGUGUUUCCACAAUGCAUAGUUCAACACAUUUUGUAGCUCGGGACUCCUUGCCCUUCUGGUGCUUUUAGUUUUGCCCACCAAGGUUUGAGACGUUCCACUUUCAACACCUGCCAUGUAGGAUUUUUAAUUUCUCCCCAGAUUGGAGAGGCUGGGCAUGAGUACCUCUGAGCCAACUCACGGUUCUUUCUUUUCUCUCUCACUCUCCUGUGGUGCUUCAUUUCUAGAAGAGUGCAAUGAACAGGCUUGAAAUCAAACCUUCACGAACGGGUCUGGUACAAGAGAAACAAAGUGCUUACUUCUGGUUUUACCUGAUCUCUGUUAUUGUUACCUCAAUACAUCCUAGAGUUUAGUGGUUUACACAGUUAACAACCCACCUAUUCCCGUAUAUAAUAUACACAUACAGUGCAUGCAUUCCCCUAGAACAAAUUUAGGUCCUUAUCUAUUUCCAUAGCAGAAAAAGGUUGGCAGAUGUUGAGCUUGGUGGAUCUACUCUGCUUUUUUUUUUUUUAAGAACUUUGAGAUCCACCAACUGGAGCCAUAUGCAGUUUAAUGCCAUGGGGUGCUGGCUUUUGUAGACUAAGGACCAGGAUGUCCUUAAGCAGUUGUUGUCAGUUCAACAAUUUCCUUUCACACAUGUAAAAUUAUUUCUGAUGUAUUCCAUUUCACCAGACCAGCUUUCUUUGUUUUUAAGUAGCGGGUGCAUCUACACCAGUGGCUUCCAACCUGUGGUCCAUGAACCAUCAGUGGUCCCCAAGAACUAAAAUAUGGUCCAUGCCCUCACUGUUACUAUACCAUUGCAACGAGAGUGACUGGUCUCACAAAACCCUCUUAUAGUCCUGGGGAAAUGUAGGGAGGGGAGAGGCUGACUACCCAUGGAAGGCGUGAUGACAAGCCCUCCUAUCUGCUGUUUCGUCUCCCUUCGCGAGCGGAGCCGUUCCAUGUGGUGCCUGGAAACACCUUGGUGUCUUCAUUUUUAGGCUUGUUCCUGAUGUUAUUUGGGUUGCUCAGUCAGAAAAUUGCAUUGAAUAGACUACAUCAGCUCUAGACUACCAAAUAUGGUUUUCUGUGAGUGAGCAGAUGGCGACUACUGGACGGCAUAUGUUCUGUAUCAGAAACCAGAACUGAUGUGGUCUAU